CUAUGGCGGACGGAAUCCCCAAAAAUUUACAGUCAACAUUCGAUGAUGCUUGGACAACGACCAGACCAUUGGGACAGGGUCCUCCCCCGGGUUUUUCUGGUCCAUCACAGACGCCGAUCACUCCCAUGCCUGUGCUCCAAGGUGUGGGAAUGACAACGGCGAUUCCCGAAGGAGACGCUGGCCCCAACCGUGCUCACGAGGCCCGCGCAGCGGACGCAGCGGCGAUGCCACCACCACCACCGCCACGCAGCUCAACGGCAGCGCAACCAGGAGGAGGGGGAGCACAACUGGGAGCGACGGUGGCGCAACCGGGAGGAAUGGGGACGCAACCAGAAAGAGCGGUGGCCCAAGGAGGAGCACCGCCGCGAGCGGUGGUUCAGGACCCUGAACAGCAGGUGAUAAUGACCAGGCAGGAGGUGCAACAAAUGGUGGCAGAGGCGGCCGCGCAAGUGGUUCAACAAGUCACAAACA